AAGGAUAGAAGAAGAGACGCGAUGGAGAGAUGCGGCGAAGUGCGGGUUUCCUUGCGCGCCAAAGAGAGGCUUUGGGGUCGAGGGCCGUUUUCGUAAUUCGCGAUCCCCGAUGCCGUUCUUCCCAAAAGUAAUGGUCAAACUAAUGGUCAGUUCCAUCCAUAGAAUCGUGGUUCAAAGGGACACCAAGUGGUCAUCCAGACUGACCCUCCUUCUGCCAUGCAGGAAUACAUAGGAUCCUUAUUAUGAUUAUAUUAUUAUAAAUGUUUUAAUUGUUUUAAUUAUUGAUUAUAUUUUAUUAUAAUGUAAUAAUGGCCAUGUUAAUUGGGAUUUGAGCCUUGGGAGACCUGGGUUUGAAUUCCACUCUGUUCAGCUAGUCACACUCUCUCAACCUCAGAAAGGACGAAAAAACCCUCUCAAAAUGGCAUUUUGUACUGUUUUGAGCCUUGGGAGACCUGGGUUUGAAUCAUGCUCAGCCAUGAUGUAAACAAAUCCCAAAAAGUCACACUUUCUCAGCCUCAGAGGCAAUAAAAAAACACUCAAUAAGUCACACAAAAACCAUUACAAUAAUUAAACAAGCCACCAUGAUGAAAAUAAAAGGAUUAAAUGCAGUUUAAAAGGCCUCUGAGGCCUUUCUGGGGCGUGGAAAGGGGCCGGGCCUAGUUGGGGCCCCGCCUCCUCCGGAGGGGCCGGGCCUCGCGUGGCGCUGGAGGCGGGGCGCGGCGGCCCUUCCCCGGCCUCUUCAGUACGCGAGGGCCGGGGAUCGGGCGCGGCCUAGUCAUGGAGCUGCGGAUCCUGGUGGUCGUGGUUUGUGUCUUAAGCCUGGCCAGGGCCGGCCUUUGGCAGUACACUCACCCUCUCCUCAAGCUCCUGCUCCUACCCCAAAGGACCAGGUGCAAAUUCUUCAGCUUGACGGAGACUCCGGAGGACUAUACCAUCAUUCUGGACGAGGAAGGCUUCAAAGAGCUGCCUGCGUCGGAAUUCCUGCAAGCGGUGGAGUCGGCGUGGCUGGUGCUCAACGUCUCAUCCAAUGGGAGCGCUUCGGCCGGCAUCCAGCCCAUCGGCGUCACCAAGAUUGCCAAGUCCGUCAUCGGCCCUUUGGCGCAACACAGCGUCUCCGUCCUCAUGCUCUCCACCUACCAGACAGACUUCAUCCUGGUGCGCGAGAAGGACCUUCCAGUGGUCAUCCACACUUUGGCCAACGAGUUCGAGAUUUACCAAGAGGUCAACGGAGAGCCGGUCCCCGCCAAAUGCGACGACGCCACCAACGGGUUCGUCAGGCCCAAACAAGCAGUCAGCGCCAACGUCCAUCCGUUCCAGAGCCCUCCAAACCGCUUCUGCAUCCUUAGCGUUGCGCCGGAGACGUUGCCCGCCAUCGCCACGAUACUUUUGGAUGUCUUGUUCUACUCACACAGCGCCGCGAAGGAGAGUGCAUCUUUGGACGGCGGUAGCGGCGGUGGUGCGGAGUCGUUCGCGUUCUUCGCCUUCUCGCUGAUCGAGGGGUACAUCUCCAUCGUCAUGGAUGCGGAGACCAAGGAGAAGUUUCCAAGUGACCUCUUGCUGACCAGUUCGUCCGGAGAGUUAUGGCGGAUGGUGCGCAUCGGCGGUCAGCCGCUCGGAUUCGAUGAAUGCGGUAUCGUGGCGCAGAUUGCAGAGCCGUUGGCCGACGCGGACAUUUCCGCGUAUUACAUCAGCACCUUCAAUUUCGACCACGCUUUGGUUCCUGAGGAAGGCAUCGAUCACGUGACGGAGGUCCUCCAGAAACGCCAAGAGAGCAGGAGAUAGAGCCGUUUUCGCGUUUUGCACAACCACAUCCGAUGUGCGCAAUUCUUCCGUAAAUCUGGGACUUGACUUCUUUUCCUGCGUCACAUGGCGGGCGUUCAUCAAUGCACAGAGAAAACGCUGUCUCCUUAGUGGUGGAAACAGCGCCAUUGCUCUUCCUCCUGCGGAAAACGGCCCCCAUUGUGUUUCCGGAUGCAAUGUGUUCCGUUUCCGAACCUGGCACAUCUCAGUAUUAUACGACCCGUUCUGACACCAUUUUUUUCGCUCUCAUUCGGUUCUGCGCAGGGAUUCCUCAACUGCCAUGACUUUCGCAAGGGAGGGAUUUUUGCCAUUUUUCGUAUUUUUUGCGCACUUUUGCGCGGUCGGGGGUUCUCAUUUCCGUAAAAGUUGAGCAUACGCUAAGAUUGCAUUUUAUUAUAUAUGUUUUAGUAAAUACGUAAACACUGGAAGGGUUUUUUUGGGGAUAAUGGCGGCGAAUGGGAUGCAAAUCGGGUCGCGUUUGCUGCCAUUUUGAACCUUGUAGUGUUCCAAUUUUCACGUUUUGUGCCAAUAUUUGACAGUAUUGACAAUGAUGUAUUACUAGGAAGCAAGAUCGAUACUCUCCUUUUUUCCGAAGCGGCCUUAAAACCGCCAAGUGCCUUAUUUUGCACAGAAACGGCGAGAAACAAAAGUGCAGCGUUUCGUAUCCUACUGAAACGCCACGAAAAAAGGAACAGAUAUCCGGGUUUAGUUUCAUUGGCCAUUGAUAGAAAUUCGUAUUUUUUCCCGUAAAGGCGACACUAAGCGCCGUGGAAUUGGCGCAUGUGGCGAUCUUGCUGAGCGUUUUUUAGACUCGGCGCAAAAUGUCCACUUUACUUUAUCGACUUUAUUUCUAUAUAUACGUGUGUGUGUGUGUGUGUGUGUGUGUGUGUGUCUUGUAUUAGUUUAUAAAAAUAUUGCCAAUAAAGGUGCUUUUCGUUUUUUCAAAA